GACACACACACGCACUUCAGCUCAACGCAGCUCAAACUCAAAACUCAAAUAUUACCAAAAAUGUGCCAACAAGUCGUCGUCGUUGCCACCACCAACAACAAGAUGAAGACCAGCUACAGCAUCAAGCAGGUCCUGCGCACGCUCUUCAAGAAGCAACAGAAGCAGCAGCUAACCAAGAAGCCUCUGGGCUCUCUGGAGUCUUUGGAAUCUGUUGAUAAUCUUCGCAACGCCCAGGUCGAGGAGGCCUACUACGCCGAGAUCGAUGAGAAUGCCGCCAAUGAGAAGCUGGCCCAACUGGCCCACUCUCAGGAGUUCGAGCAGGACUCCAUCGAGGAGGAGGAGGAGGAGGAUGUCUAUGUCCCCGUCCGCUUCGCCCGCACCACGGCUGGCACCUUCUUCUGGACCACCAAUCUUCAGCCCGUUGCCAGCGUCGAGCCUGCUCUCUGCUACUCCAUGCAGUUCCAGGAUCGUUGGGCCCAGGCUUGAAUACUACAAUCAAUGCCUCAGCCUUUGGUCUUCCUUCAGCUUUAAAAACACUCGACACUCAUUGUGAUAGCAGCAGCGGCUUUAACUCACCCGACAUCUCAACGGC